GCCUGACACAGAGGUAGCAAGUGCACUUUCUUUAUAGCAAGCAACAGAGGAAACUCGAUUAGAACAAGUUUUCCUCAGAAGAGCCACCAUUAAGAUGGGUCACAUAAUAUCUGUAUUUGUCAGGGAGCUGCCUGCUUGGUAUAUAUUUGGUGGGAUAUUCCUACCAGUUGCAAUACUUCUCCUUGGCAUCAUGCGAUAUUUAUGGAUACAGCUUGAAGAAGUUAACGAACAGUUGGCACAUACCCGUGACCCCAAGGAAGCCCUGCAGGAUUACUACCUCCUGUACAAGCAGCUAAAGACCUCUAAAUGGCAGCACUCCAGGAAAACGUAAAUUUAGUUAAAAUCAAGCAAAGAGCAAGGACAAGAGAACAUUAUAUAAUGUUGGCAGCAAGUGAACUCACAUGGGAAUAGCAAAAAAAAUCAAGAAGCGCUGCUUGUAGCAUCAGGAAUAAAAAAGGUGCUGCCAAUUAGGAUGUAUUUCUGGAAAAAGCUGUGUCCACCUGAGACUUUAAAGCCAGAGCUGUCGUGAAUGCAUCACUGAUGGAUUUUCUCAAAGUUACUGGCAGAGCCUUUGGAUCUGCCGCUCUAUUAUUUAUGCUUCAUCUGACCAAACAUCCAUAUUGUUACCUAAUAAAAAAAGCCGUAUCCUUUCCCUUUUUCAACUCAGAAAUGAAUAUAUUUUAUGUAAUGAAACAUUACAAACUUGUUUUCGAUUUCAUAUUUUUAAAGAGACACUGGAGGCUUGAGUUGACCCAUUUUUAAUGCAUUCAAAAUAUAUGCAAAAUAAUAAUAAAACAGAUAAUCACA